UCGGGUCUGCAGUUCGCUCCCACACGGGCGGGGCGCUGCGCCCGGCGGGGUUUGACCCGCGCCGCCCGCCGUAGCCGCCUGCGCCCCGCGCAUGCGGAGUAGCGGGGCCGCAGCGGGAGCGCGGCCGGCGGCGCAGAAGGACCUUGGUGGGAGCUGAGGAAACCCCGUCACCAUGUCGGCUGCGCUGUUGCCAAAGCCGCAGAUGCGGGGCCUCUUGGCCAGGCGGAUGAAGUUUCACCUCCUGGGGGCGUUUUUGGUAUCCAUGGGAUCCGCAGUUCUGUUCAAGAUUUUAGUUGCUGAGCCCAGAAAACGAGCUUAUGCAGACUUCUAUAGAAACUAUGAUCCCAGGAAGGACUUUGCAGCCAUGAAGGCAGCUGGUGUGCUCGAGAGCGCGCCGCCCAAGUGACGAUCCCCAUUCAGUUCAUGGAGAUUUGAUGACUGAACCUGAUUUGUUCACUGAAGUGUAAAGUGCAGUGCACUUCAAUGCAUGCUCUAAUGCAACUCAAUAAAUAAAAUACAUAUGUCAGUGA